AUCCCCUAUCAAAACUCAAAAAGUUCUCUUGAUCCCCCAAAACAAAAUAAGAAUAAGGAGACGAAUGGACCCAGAACGAAUUCCUCCGCAAAGUUAGAAGGCAAAACAACAUUGUAUGAUUAAUUGAUUAUGCAUCUUUGAAGAUACUUAAUCAUGACAUCUUCUCAAGAACCAAAUGAAAAGGCAAAAUCGACGUAACAAAUCUGAAAAGUUGCAGACCGAAGAAGUCCCUUCUAAUGAAGAAUGAGAGUUCUAUAUUUGGCGUUGCUGUUGGC